CUACUUAAGUUUUUAUUUUGUCUUGAUAUGAUGCUGUUUUAAUAAACUUAUCCUUGGUUUCUACAUGACAAUAUACACACUUUCUUUGUUCUAAUAAAAAAAUAAACUUGUGAGGGUUCAAAAAACAAUGGACGGGACAAGCGAUUAUCAAUAUUUGUGCAGCUUGUGUCAUGGGGAGUUCCGUUCUGCUCAUGAAGCCACCUCAUGUCGUCUAUGUUCUUAUUCGUACAUUUACGAGAUCGAAAGCAUUACAUUCUACUUGAGGGAUAGUGACAACCAUGAAAAAACAGGAUUGGUAGCUUGGCGAUGGCGAUCGAGGAAUCAUCAUCCAGAAAGAGAAUCAUCUUUUAUACCCCAACAACCGGGAGUUGUGAUCCGUCUAAGACGGGAUCGUAUAAGUUGGGUUUCACCCCUAGCCUCUAUGGUAGGGGGUACAUCACAUCAGCUUCAAUCCACGGUCGAAAACAUUACACAUUGCAAUGAAUGGUAUUGGUGUUACCAAUGUAAUAAACCACACACGUUAGACUCUAACGUCGUCGUUUCAUCUUCUUCGCUUCCCGAAAUCAUACAAUGUCAUCAAAAUCCAACCCAUAGAACAAUCAGAUUCACCGACGCGCUUAGCUACAACAGCUUUAAUGAUUGUCAUUGGUGCUAUCGAUGUGAACGACCUCAUUUUCCGAUCCCAGCCCCCUAUUUUUCUUUGUGUAGCUGCGAGGGCGAUGAGUCGAGGACACCGAUUCAAUUUCAAAAAACUGUCAUCAUUUAUCGGGAUGCAAAUAGAGAAAUAUUUGAGCGCCUUGUUACUCUUCUUUCGAAACCGUCGGCGUUUGAAGUUAUCGAUGCGGUCGGCAGACGUGACCUGAACCAUAUUGUAACAUAUGAGAGUGAUGAUGAGACAUAUAAAAAGGAGAUAAUUAUGGGUUUAAUACCAAGGGUGAGAAUACAUGAUUUGACAAGGUGUGGGGAAUGCAGAAUAUGUUUGGAAGAGUUUGAGGUUGGAGAUGAAGGAAGUGAGCUACCUUGCAAACACAUAUAUCACAAAGAAUGUCUUGCUCCAUGGAUGAUAAAGAACUACUCUUGUCCUGUUUGUAGAUGUGAUUUGCGUUUACCUACAGAAACUAGUACGGCUGCUGUUGAUGAUCAACCGUCUCAGGGGAGCUUUAGACGAAUUCUUUUAGCGAUGCAGCGUUUGAGACGCUUAGUAGGCGAAUUCUUGGCUAUUAUUACUUAUUAGAGCAAGAGAAAUCAUCAUGUCAGGCCGGCCUGACCGGGAGAGCCGUCCGGCCGAGCCCUUUUGGCGACCUUCCCGGUGGAAUUUUUUGAUGAAAUUUUUUGAGCAUGUUCCUCAUUAAGUCUAGUUUGUCAUUACUCCA